ACAUGGACCAUCCAGACCCGUAUUGAAAAUAUCACAAUCCCCACCGCUCCGAAUUCCAAUCUCCCACACCAACUCCAACACCAACCUGUUGAAAUUUAAAGGCAUUUUGCAGCCUCUCCUUUGUUCCUGUCUAUGUGUGGUCUGAAUCUGAUCCAUUUUCUCUAAAUUCCUAAUAUUUUUUUAAAAUUUUUAUUUUUAUUUUUUAUAACUAUACUAACAUGGAGAAGGUGGGUGCGACUGAGCCCAAUUUGGAAGAGUUUUUUGAGCAGAGGAAGCGUAUCAGGAACCCUCUUGUCCCUAUUGGUGCACUUAUGACAGCUGGUGUGCUCACAGCUGGCUUAGUCAGUUUCAGAAGAGGCAAUUCUCAGUUGGGUCAGGUGCUAAUGAGAGCUCGUGUGGUUGCCCAAGGUGCUACAGUAGCACUUAUGGUUGGUACUGCCUACUACUAUGGGGAGAGUCCUUGGGGAUCUAAAUAGACCCUGUAAACUGCUCUUGAUUCCUGCCUCCCCAGCUCUCCAGCUGAUGGUGAUUUUGUCUGUCAGCAACAGUCAAUGUUAUUCUACAACUUCAUUUGACGCAAAUUUGAAAUGCAAUUUUAUGCCAAUAUAUUAGCUAUGGUGAAUAAAAUAACCUUACAGAGAGAUCCAGAAUGAGUGCUAUUAGUCUAUGUCUGAUGAGUAACUAAAUAAGCUCGCGGCAUUCCAUCCAUGUACAACUGAUUCUAGAUUCUAUCUUUGGUCACUCGAUUGCUAUAAUAUAAAGCAUGGCUGAGAUGAGGUCUUCAGAAAAUAAGACAAUAUUUGGUAAUUUGAAUGGUUUUUAGGAAGUUUGCAAUAUACCAUAUAUUUUGGAAUCUA